AUGUUCCGCUUCCUCUCCUCCGCCUCUGCGCGGCACAUCCGGAGAAGAAGCGAGAUCCGGGCCAGACUGGACGCUGCAGCCACUCGAACCGUCGAGUCUCUUUCGCGUCCCGUUCGCGAUGCGCCAAUCAGCUGCCAGAAUGCCAGAUUCGCGUCGACGACUACCGUGUGCUCUGCAGCAACAGGAGCUUCAGGAGUUUCCUCAGGUGUUGCGUCAGGAUCGUCCAAGGUGGCAGCUAAGGCGGGAGCGGAGAUCCCCUCGUUUGUCGAGUCGCUUCAGAAGAGGUUCGGAACGACGGACGGCCGAGAUUUCGUGCUGCUGACCGCCGGUCUCGCGUUGGCUGGGCUCGUUGGGGAGCGCAUUCUCUCAGACCGCCGUUCCUCCGCAGCAGCGAAGUCCCACCACCCGGCACCAUCAUCAGCACCACCACCAUCAGAUGCACCACAAGCACCACAAGCAUCAGCAUCACCGGUAGCCGCCCCCACAGAUUCGGCUUCUUCCGAACCAGUCACCACACCAGCAAGUGAUGCCGCCGCACCUGAACCUGCCGAAGCUGAAUCGUCUCCAGGCUCGGCGGCCGCAGGCUCGGCAGACGCAGGCCCGGAGGAAAUAAUCGUAACAGUGGUAGUGGACGGGGGAGAAGGUGAAACGGAGGAUAAGAGCUCCCCUCUAGCUGACGCUGUUGAUGCUCUCGCAGGCUAUGUGGCUGAGUUAGAGGCAAAGGCAGAAGAGAAAGCAGAGGAGAUUCUCAAAAGCCCCCCUCUAGCCGACGCUGUGGAUGCUGUAGCAGGCGUGGUUGCUGAACUAGGAGCAAAGGCAGAGAAGAAAACAGAGGAUGUGAACGCAGAGGUAGAAAAGAAAGCGGAGGAAAUUCUCGAGAGACCUCCUCUUGCUGAUGCUGUGGAUGUUCUGUCGAGGUAUGUGGAAGAACUAGAGGCGAAGGGAGCGGAGUUGACGAGAGAAGCGGAGGAGAAGGCGGAAGCAGUGGUGGCUGCGGUGGUGAGUGAGGUGGCAAAGGCAGGGGAGAGCGUGGAGGAAGCAGGGAGAGAGGUGGGUGAAGCGGUUAGUGCGUUGGGGGAGACUUUGGCAGAAGAGGUGAAAGAGGGAGGAGGUGAGGGGAAGGAGAAGGCAGGAGAGGAAGAGGACAGUACAGAUGACUGCCCGUUCUGCCAGUUCAUGAAGGGAGGCCCGUGCAGGGAGGAGUUUAUCGCAUGGGAGGGGUGUGUGGAGGCAGCAGAAAAGGCAGGGGAGAGCAUAGUGGACCGGUGUGUGGGGGCCACUGAGGCGCUUAAGACUUGCAUGGAGGGGAAUGAGGGGUACUAUGGGGUGGUGUUGCAGGCUGAAGCGGGGAUGAAGGCUGAAGCUGCGGCGGCUGCUGCUGAAGCGAGUGCUGCUGCUGGGGAGGUGGCGUUGGUGCAAGAGGCUGCUGCUGUGGUGGAGGCAGCAGGGGAAGGCGGGGUGAAGGAAGGAGAGGGAGGAGUGGGGGGAGAAAGAGGCGAGGAGGAGCAGAGAGGAGGGGGAGGGAAAGAUCAAGAAGAGAAAGGGGGGGAUGAGAUGGCGGAUGGGGAGAAAGGGGAUGAAAAGAAGGGGGAUGAGGAGAUGGGGAAAGAGGAUGAGGGUGGAGGGAAGAAGUUGAAAGGGGAGAAGGGGGGAGAGGAGAAGGGCGGAGAGGAGAAGGGGGGAGAGGAGAAGGGGGGAGAGGAGAAGGGGGGAGAGGAGAAGGGGGGGGAGGAGAAGGGGGGAGAGGAGAAGGGGGGAGAGGAGAAGGGAGGAGAGGAGAAGGGGGGAGAGGAGAAGGGGGGAGAGGAGAAGGGGGGAGAGGAGAAGGGGGAAGAGGAGAAGGGGGAAGAGGAGAAGGUUGGAGAGGAUAAGGGGGGAGAGGAGAAGGGGGGAGAGGAGAAGGGGGGAGAGGAGAAGGGGGGAGAGGAGAAGGGGGGAGAGGAGAAGGGGGGAGAGGAGAAGGGGGGAGAGAAGGUUGGAGAGGAGAAGGGGGGAGAGGAUAAGGGGGGAGAGGAUAAGGGGGGAGAGGAUAAGGGGGGAGAGGAAAAGAGGGGAGAAGAUAAGGGGGCAGAGGAGAAGGGGAGAAAACUGACGGGUGAAAUGGAUGAUGGGGAUGAGGAGAUGAAGGAAGCGGAGUCAGGAAGCGGUGAGAAGGGGGACGACGUGACACGAAGAGAGAAGGCGGGGGAAGAGGAGCCAGGAAGAGAGGCGAGGGAGGAAGAAGAGAAGGGGGACGAGGGGAUGGAAAUAGGGGCAAUGGGGGAAGAGGAGAAAAAGGGAGAGGGGCCACAUGAGGAGGAGGGGGCAGCAGCAGCAGCUGACGAAAACACUGUUGAGUCGACUGAAAAACUAUCAACAGAGAGCACUGCUGUGCAGCAGGUGCCUACUCACGAGAGGCCUCUUGUGCUGGAUGUGGCAAGUGUACCAGUCAAGGCUGCUGCAGCACAGAGCGUAACCCAGGGUGUAACACAGGCUGUAACGCAGAGUGCAACGCAGAGUGUAACACAGGCUGUAACACAGAGUGCGACCCAGAGUGUAACACAGGCUGUAACACGGAGUGCAACCCAGGGUGUAACCCAGAGUGUUCCUGGCUGUGCUGAGCUGCCUGACGCUCAGCUGGACGCUCAAGUGACAGCUGGUAUUAACUCACUCGAGUUGCCCAGCGAUGCUGAGGUUCCCGAGUCAGCUCAAAUCUCUGCUGCUGCUGUGAAGGCAGAGACUGGAGUGGGUGCUGCUGCGGAUACUACUGACUCACCUGUUGCUGACGCACCAGCUGAUGCGGCCACUAGACGCGACUGCUUCGCCACGCUGGCGGCUGGCCAGCCACUCACGGACCGCCAGCUGGCGGGCCUUUUCCCGCCGCAGCUGGUGCGUCAGAAGGUCGAGGCGCUCAGGAGGAUCAGGCGGGCGGCAGAGGAGAGAGUGAGGGUGGGGAGGGAGAUGGUGAGAGAGGGGGAGUGGGGGAAGCUCGUGGAGGAAGGGGAGAGGGAGGAGAGUGAGAAAGUGGGAGAGAGGAUUGUGAAACUGGAAUCCUUGCUGGCGGUUGUGCAGGCGCCAGCUGUCAGGAGAUCAUUGGAGAUCCAGCUCAGGUGCCUGAAGCUUCGUGGGUUGCAGAGGAAGGUUCGUUUUGAGGUGCUAGCUGAGAAGAGGAUCGCUGACUGGGCUUCGGGCGGGGAGCUGACUGGUCGUUCGGUGAACGGGCAUGCUGACGUGGCAGAUGCUGACGUGGCACGUGCUGAGCUGGCCGAUGACGAAUCGGAUACAGUCAAAGUGGUAGAAGAUGUGGCAGUGGAAAGUGGGCGGGUGGGGAAGAAAUGGAGAGCAGUUGAAAGUGAGAGUGAGAUAGAGGUAUUGGGAGAGGGGGAUGAGAGUGAGAAAGUGGAUAAGGAGAGAGAGAAGCGAGUGAGAAAGGAGGAGGAAGAGAGAAUCAUGAAGGCCAACGUGGCACAUGGGCGGCACCAGCCGCUGCUGGACUGGAGCCUGCUGCGUCUGACGCAUGCUGACGUGGAACGCGCGAUGCUGAGGUGGCAGCUGCCACCUGGCAUGAAGCCAUCAGAGGAGGAUGUGGAGGCGUGGGAGGUGGAGGCUGAGGUGGAAGACUUAUGGGACGAGGAUUACUAUGAGGAGGGGUUAGGGUUUGAGAUAGAGGCAAGGAAGAGGGAUGCUGCAGCGGCGGCGGCGGCGGCUGCUCGGGCUGCUGGUGGUGGGGCUGGUGUUAAUGGAAUUGGUGCGGCUCGACGGGCCCGUCGGGCGGCAGACUCGGUAGAAUCCGCCGCCCGGUUCUUCGCUGACGUGGCGCAGGCGGGGCGCGACAUGUCAGCGGCCAGCCUGGCGGAGCAGCGGCGGCGGAAGCAGCGGAGCGACGGCGUGCUGACGUGGCACGCGCGUCAGAAGCAGCGGGCGUCGCGUGCUGAGCGAAUGCGAGUGCAGGCACUUAAAGCUGGGGAUCAGGAGGCGUAUUUCAAACUAGUGGAGGAGAGUAAGAACGAGAGGUUGCAUACUCUUUUAGGGAAAACGGAUGAGCUUUUACAGAGGCUGGGGGCGAUGGUUCAGAAACAGAAAGAUGCUGGUGGGGGUGGGGGUGGUGGUGGGGAGGGUGGUGUGGGAGGUGGUGUGGGGGGUGGAGGAGGGGUUGAUGUUGCUUUUGGGGGAGGUGAGGGGAGGGGAGCAGCAGAGGCGGAUGGGGGAGCAGGAGGGGAGGGAGGGGGGACAGGAGAGGGGCAAGAGGGGCCGCAGGAGGGGGCAGCAGGGCAGUCGAAGCGUGACUUAAUGGAGGGGCAGAGGCGGUAUGAUCGAGCAGUGCAUUCGAUAGAAGAGAAGGUGACGGAGCAGCCCUCGUUAUUGUCACCCGGGCGGCAGCUUCGGCAGUAUCAGAUGGAGGGGUUACAGUGGAUGGUCUCCCUUUAUAAUAACAAUUUAAAUGGCAUUUUGGCGGACGAAAUGGGGCUCGGGAAAACCAUACAAACGAUCGCUUUUAUCGCGUUUAUGGCGGAGAAAAAGGGCGAUUACGGCCCGCAUCUGGUGUUGGCUCCCAAGGCUGUGCUUCCGAACUGGGGAGUGGAGUUUGCGGCGUGGUUUCCCUCUUGCAGUGUGGUGAUGUAUGAUGGAAGGCAGGACGAGAGGAAGCUUCUGAGAGAGAAGUUUGGAGGGGCGCUUGCAGGGAGGAGAGGAGGAGGAGGGAGGAGGGGCGGGUGGAGGGGGGGAGGGCGAGGAGGGAGGGGAGGGAGAGGAGGGAGUGUGGUGGAUGAUGAUUGGGGGAGUGAGGAGUCUGGGGGAGGAGGGGGAGUGGGGGGAGGAGGGGGAGUGGGGGGAGUGGGGGGAGGAGGGGGAGGAGGGGGAGUGACUGGGCCAGAAGGGGAAGAGUAUAAGUUCAGUGUGCUUCUGACGCACUAUGACCUUAUUAUCAGGGAUAAGGCGUUCCUAAAAAAGAUUAAGUGGCACUAUGUGAUAGUAGACGAGGGUCACCGGCUUAAGAACCACGAGUCGGUACUUAGUAAAACGCUGGUGGCUGGUUACUCGAUCCGGAAAAGACUUUUGCUGACCGGGACGCCGAUUCAGAACAGCCUCGGGGAGCUCUGGGCACUGCUGAAUUUUCUUCUGCCCGCAAUUUUCAACUCGAGCGACAAUUUUGAGGACUGGUUCAAUGCGCCGUUUGCGGAUAAGUGCGAUGUGUCUCUGAACGAGGAGGAACAGCUGCUGGUCAUUCGGAGGCUGCACCAGGUCUUGCAUCCCUUUAUCCUGCGUCGAAAGGAGUCUGGGGUCAUCCUGCGUCGAAAGAAGUCAGAGGUUGAGAAAUUCCUCCCUCAGAAGUGCCAACGAGUGAUCUCCCCCUUUCCCCUACCAUCAAAACCCUCCCCUUUCCCCGCCCAUUCUCCUCCCCCCUCCACAGCGCGAAUACCACUCCCAAAUCGCCCCCUCCUUUACUCUUUCCUCACGUCUCCACUGCCCUCCGUUUCUUAUCCUACUCCCUUCCCCCUCCCUUCCCCUUCUCCUCCCCUUCUCCUCCCCCCUUCUCCCCAGGUCAUCCGUCCCUUUAUUCUCCGUCGAAAAAAAUCCGAAGUCGAGAAAUUCCUCCCACAGAAGCGCCAAGUGAUCCUCAAAUGCGACAUGUCCGCAUGGCAGCGCGAGUACUACUCCCAAAUCGUCUCCGCCGGCUGCGUCGGCCUAGACGACAGCGGGGGAGGAGGCAAAUCCAGAGCGCUUCAGAACACAGCCAUGCAGCUGCGCAAGUGCUGCAACCACCCGUACCUCUUUCUACUAGACGCACUCGACCAUCCCUACCAGCCGAAUUCCCCCAACGAGCGCGUUCGGGCAAGUGGAAAGUUUGAGCUGCUGGACCGGAUUCUGCCCAAGUUACAGGCCGGGGGGCACAGGAUUUUAAUGUUCUCUCAGAUGACUAAGCUGUACAACGCUCCGGAUUCGCCGUAUUUUAUCUUCCUGCUGAGCACGCGUGCGGGCGGCCUGGGGCUGAACCUGCAAACGGCCGAUACGGUGAUUUUAUUUGAUUCUGAUUGGAAUCCACAGAUGGAUCAGCAGGCAGAGGAUCGGGCGCACAGGAUUGGGCAGAAGCGGGAGGUUCGGGUGUUUGUGCUUGUGAGCGUGGGGUCUAUAGAGGAGGAGAUUUUAGAGAGGGCAAAAAGCAAGAUGGGGAUCGACGCGAAGGUGAUUCAAGCGGGCAUGUUCAAUACCACGUCGACGGCACAGGAGAGGAGAGAGCUAUUGGAGCAGAUUAUGAAGCGAGGGAAGAUUCCCGAUUUGGCUCUUGAUUUGCCGGAUGAGAGUGAGACGAAUCGGUUGAUUUCGAGAUCGGAGGAGGAGUUUGAGAUGUUUGAGCGGAUGGAUGAGAUGCGGAGGCGGCAGUUUGGGGCGGCGCGGCUUGGACUGAUGGAAAAGGACGAGGUGCCGGAGUGGGUGUUUUUCAAGGGGGGGGAGGGAGGGGAGGGUGGGGAGGGGGCUGUGGGGGAGGAUGGGGUGGGGGUGGAGAUGGGGAGGAGGAAGAGGAAGCAGGUGGUUUAUACGGAUGCGCUGAGUGAGUCGCAGUGGCUUCAGGUGAUUGAGCAGGGGAGGGACGCCCAGGAGAUUUUAACAGAGAAGGCUGAGAGAAUUACAGGGGUGAUGGCAGGAGGGGAGGCAGAGAGAGGAGAGGGGAGGAGGGAAGGAGGAUGGGGAGGAGCAGAGAGGGGAAGUGGGGGUGGGCAGGGCUAUGCUGUUUUUUCUGCUGGGGUGAGUGGUGGUGGUGGUGCUGGUGCUGCUGCUGGUUACAGUGGUGGUAGUGGUGAUGGUGGUGGUGUUGUUGCUGGCGCUGGCUAUAGCGAUGGUGGUGGUAGUGGUGGUGGUGGUGAUGAUGAUGGGGAUGAUAGUGAUGGUACUGGUGCUGGUGGUGACUAUUCCGAUCGUGACUUCAGAGAGGGCAGCGGCGGCCGUUUUGGGCACAGCAGUGGAGGGUUUGGUGCUGCAGGGGCAAGAGGAGGAGGAAGAGGAGUAGGAGGAGGUUACUACAACGAGGGGAGAGGAGGUGACUAUAACGAGGGGGAGGGAGGAUUCAUGGAUGCUCACGAGGGGAAUGAAGAGAGCGAUGAAAUGGAGGGGCUAUGGGAAGAAGAGUAG